AUGCCACCCGAUGUGAGCUUCUCCGAGAGAUUUGGCAACAUUGUUCUAUUUACAAAUGCUUUCAUUGCAGCCGGGAAAGAUGCUGAUAACGCGCGAAGCGCUGCCAAAGCUCUCGAGGAAGAGAUUCUGCACGCCGCAAAAUCCUCGGAUGAGUAUGAGCAAAUAUGCGCGUCAAGACUGGGUGAGGCUGAAGAUCCUGACUCUCCACCUGCGCAACCAGCCGAGCCUCCACAGGAAGUCGAGAUCUUGAAUACCGAUGGCCCAAGUUUCGGCAACUAUCAGUACGCGACGUAUCACGCAGAUGGACAGUUCUCAACCAUCUACAAGGCCCAAUCCAAGGAUGAGGACGCCGUCGUGCGCAUAGUUGCAUUGAAAGUCACACGGCCGGCGAUGAUGGCCCCUCCACACAAUUCCGAGAGGGAAGCACGACUUCUCAGAGGGUCGGAACACGAGUAUGUUGUUCCAUUAAUCGACACAAUCCGCGAGUCGGGCGAUGUUUUUGUCCUAGUGAUGCCUUUCCUCAAACAGGAUCUGGAAAACCUGUUGCGGUCGGGUCGCCUAGAUAAAGAGCAAACAUGGUUGGUAUUCCAAGGUCUUUUUGAGGCCUUGGCACAUAUUCAUGACCUGGGCAUAAUUCAUCGAGAUGUCAAACCAUCAAACAUUCUUCUCAAAACAAUGAAGGGUCCAGUUUACCUGGCAGACUUUGGCAUCGCUUGGUCUCCUGACGACAGAGAUUCCGAAUCUGCAGAUUCAAAGAUCACCGAUGUCGGUACAACAUGCUAUCGUCCGCCCGAACUUUUAUUCGGCAACCGAACAUACGAUACAUCAUUGGACUUGUGGGCCGCAGGUUGCGUAGUGGCAGAGCUUCUUAGGGAGGGUCACUCACCACUGUUUGACGCCGGGCCAUUGGGGAGCGAGUUGAGUCUGAUCAAGUCAAUAUUCUCAACGUUGGGCACGCCUGAUGAUGAGCGCUGGCCGUCGGCGAAAACGUAUCCCGAUUGGGGGAAGAUGCGAUUCAAAGACUUCCAAGCACGGUUGUGGCAAGAUCUACUUCCAGGAGCAUCCGAUGUAGUCGUCGAUUUCAUCAAAAGAACGGUUUGCUAUGAGAGUACUCAUCGCUUGACGGCCAAACAGGCGCUAGAGCAUCCAUUGGCCUCAGAUAUCAAGAUACACCAGACAUUCUGA